AAUAACACUUGCGGUUAGUGUGGGUAAUUAUUUUUGUUAAACACGCAGUAGUCGUGUGUCCUUUUAAAUAUACCGAUAUGAGAGUGUAGUUAUCAAAUAUAUGUCAACGUGAUAGCAUCUUCCUAUUGUUCUUGACCUAUAAAUUCAAACAUUUAACUUUUGAGAAGGCUUCAAAGACAAUGUCAUUCAUGUAUUGAUAUUAAUACGGAACAUCAGGUAUCUUCCUUCCAAGUCCGAUAGUCCUUUAAAACCUAUGUUCGGUGCCAUAAAAACUCUAUAAAUCUAACGAAGUAAAAGGAAAAUGAUCUGCGGGUUCAAUUAGCGCCGAAUCAUUGUCGAAGAUUCAUUAAAAAACGUAGCAAUAAUGCAUUGCUUGCACGUGUCCCAUGCUGUCGUUCGACGAUAUAACCCCACUGUUAUACACGCACGAAAUAAUGCUAGUUAUUCGAAAAGUUAUAUUGGAAAAAGAUGGGGUGAACGUUGGAUAAAAAUAUGGUUCAGACAACAGAGUGCUCAAGUCGCCAAAUCCUGCGCUAGACAAUUUGAAUGCAUUGUCGCUCAACGAGUUCGAAGGACCCUCCAAAUAUUUCAUCUCUAUACAAGAAUUUGGGAUGAAGUGGCUCUGAAAUCAUUUGUGAACAUGUGGAGACGUCGACUCAGUCAAAAUGCUAGACAGUAUUUGAUGGGGGCUGUAGGUGUGUCGGUUUAUAAUUGGGAUCAUCACAGAAUUAGUGACAUUGAACUACAGAAUUACUCCUUGGAGCUUGCUGAAAUAUACCGAUUGAAAGAAAAAACAGUAACUUGUGCCAAUUGUCAUUUGCGACUAGUCAUUGAUGUCACGCAGCAAGGCGUGAAGUACUGCACGUGCCAUGGUGUAAAACCUGCUCUGGCAUCUACACAAAAUGGUACGGGCGAGCAUUGGCAGCCUUUCAUUGAGAGGCAAGAUAUGUUGGUAUGGCGGAAAGAAGAACCACGAAGCAGAGGGUUGUAUGCAUACAAAGUUUAUGGCUCAUUUUCGGAUGUGUCCGCUGAAGACUUUUUGAAGGUUCAAGUUGAUGUUGAGUACCGAAAAGAAUGGGAUCCAACAGCAAGACAUCUAGAAGUUAUUGAUACUGAUCCUAGAACCGAAUUUUCUCCAAAUCAUCGCAGCGACAUUAUUUACUGGGAAAUGAUUUGGCCACGAUUAUUUGCAAACAGGGAUUAUGUAUUCCAGCGGAAAUGGGUAAUUGACAAAGAAGAAGGCCUCAUAAUAAUUGUUAGCAAAGGAACAGAACAUCCCAAUGCUCCACUGCGGCCUGAUACACACAGAGUGACGGCGUACUGGUCAUACAUGGUCAUUAAACCUUACACCAAGUUUGACGAGCCUGGUAUUGAGUUUGUAUUAACAUAUUUUGAUGACCCUGGUGUAAACAUACCAUCGGCUGUAACAACUUGGGUAGCAAUGAGUGGAGUUCCAGAUUUUUUGUGUCGCAUGCGGAAAGCAACUACAGAUUAUCGGAGCCGAAAAUCAGUUAGUGCAGAGGCCGCCGCAGCAGCUGUAGGGGAAGAAGAGGAUCCUGUGAGUCUGGAAUCUUCCGAUGACUCAUUAUCACAUAUUGAUGGGCAAGAAUCGAGUAUCAGAGAGGAUACGGAGUCUUCAAAUAAGAAGGGCAAGAUAAGCGAUGGGGAGGAUGAUGGUCCAAAACCUGGAGAGCGAGAUGAUAAUGAUGAUGUUGACAAAAAUUUGGAAAAUGAGAAAAAUAAGGUGGAAGAUAAAAAAGAAUCUGUAUUAGGUCCAACUCCGGAUGAAGAACGUGGCUUCCUGUAUUACUUUUUGCCAUCACGACUGUUUGCGUGACACACCAAGGUAGAUGAUAGAGAUUUUGCUUAGAACAUAUUAGUUUUAAGAAACUGAGAUUUGAGGCCCUCCGGCUUGGAACAAAUUUACCACAAUCUUCUCAGAUUCUUCAGAAUAUCCUCAUAUUUCUCAACUGAUGUUGACUUUAUGUGAUCACCAGCUGAUCCAGAAAUAUUUGGAAUAUCCUAACUGAAAAUUGACCUUGGCGCUGGUCAUGAGACAUGUUUUUUACCUGCCCACUUAGAAUCUACCCAAAUAGAGUGUGAAAUAUUUCUGAUCGUUGAAGAUUUUAGGAUUGAUUUCGGUGCAAUAAUAGAACAAUUUUUCAAUGCCAUGCUAGCAAGUUUAACACACUGCCAAAUCAUCGAUCAUUCGGACUAAAUUCCGUUUCUUCCAAUCUCUGGAGAUAUUCUUACAGUCAAAACAAAUCUCACGUCGAGUGACAAUGUUUUCAAAUCUAACAUUAGAGAGUUAUUUGUCUAGUAAUCCCACUCCCUGUAGAAGUCAUUUAGUAGCAGGUGUUACUCUACUCACAUGUGGAAAGUAACGUGUAAUAUAUCAAAAUGUGGAAUAACGUAUUUCAAUCUGAAAUGUAUUAUUAGUAUCAAGUAUUCUUAGAACCUGAUCUCAUUAAACCAGUGCUCUUCUGGAAUAGAUUGGAAUAACUUUAGCAGCGCUUUAUCAUCUAGGUAUUUUGCUUGUCGAUUGGUGAGCGUUUUGAUGAGUGUAAUGGAUUGUAGAUUUCAAAAAUUUUGAAUCAAUUCGAUUUUUCGCAUGCUGUGUGUAUUUUACGUCGUCGACCAUCUAUUUUAGAUUAACCGAAUGUGGAGAAAAAUGGCAAAUAAUUAAAUUGAACGUGUGAAAACGUAAAUUACGGAAAAAUGAUGCGCUGCGCCCACCCAUUGAAUUUAAAAUGAAUUUGUAAAAUAAUAAAUCGAUUGCAUAGCGCAUCGUUCCCUUAAUGCCAAAGGUGGUGAAAACCAAUGUCACACAGUAACGCAUGUCAUACUAGAAAAAUAGAAUGAUUUUAAUCAAUACAUAAGAUUAAAUAUAACAUAUGUAAAUCUCGUAGAUGUUGAUAACAAAAUAAAGCAUGGUCAAAUAUCCGUU